CGCGGAAAAGGUGGCUGCCGAAGUGGGCGGGGAGGUCAGGUGACCCAGCUGGCGUCCCAAGAUGGCGGCGGCGGUGGCGCCCGGGAGGCCGAGGCGGCGUCCGGGCUGUUGAGGUGACUCCGCGGGACCAGCGACGGGUCGGCCGGACCGAAGGGCGGCGGCGGACGCGCGGCCGCUCGGAGCGCUCGGCCGGGACUCGGCGGUGAGGCGGCGGCGCCGGGGGAUGCUGGUGCUGGGCCGGGCCUCUCCCUCCUCAACUUAGGGCGGCGGCGGGCCCGCACCCCUGGUUCCCGGGCCAUGGCGCUGAGGGAACUUAAAGUGUGCCUGCUUGGGGAUACGGGUGUGGGUAAAUCGAGCAUCGUGUGGCGCUUUGUGGAAGACAGUUUCGAUCCGAAUAUCAAUCCGACCAUAGGGGCAUCUUUUAUGACCAAGACUGUCCAGUACCAAAAUGAGCUACAUAAAUUCCUAAUCUGGGAUACAGCUGGACAAGAACGAUUUCGUGCAUUGGCACCAAUGUACUAUCGAGGGUCAGCAGCAGCCAUCAUCGUUUACGACAUCACAAAAGAAGAGACGUUUUCAACCCUGAAGAACUGGGUGAGAGAACUCCGCCAGCACGGGCCCCCUAGCAUUGUUGUUGCCAUCGCAGGGAACAAGUGUGAUCUUACUGAUGUCAGAGAAGUCAUGGAGAGAGAUGCUAAGGACUAUGCAGAUUCCAUUCAUGCCAUCUUUGUAGAGACCAGCGCAAAAAAUGCAAUAAACAUAAAUGAACUCUUUAUAGAGAUUAGUCGAAGAAUUCCAUCCACUGAUGCCAACCCAGCGUCUGGCGGCAAGGGCUUCAAACUCCGAAGACAACCAUCGGAGCCAAAGCGAAGCUGCUGCUGACGACCCAGGGCCUGACCUUGAUGAAGAAGCGGGUGGUCCUGGAUGCUGCAGGAGAGCCGUGCCCUGCCACUGGACACCACCUCAUGCUCUUUAUGCAAAAAGGACUCAGAGAGCCGGCUGUUUAGCUCUCUUGGAAGACUGCAGCAGGUGUCUCUGUCUGCAGACUUCUGUCAGUGGGCUCUGGCAUGCAGAGGGACCAUGCACGUCCUUGGCUGUUUACCCGGCUGAAAGGAGCAUCUGAUAUAUGGAUAUGGAUGGUAGGAUUGAAUUGCUGGUACUUCUGUAAUCAGGAUUUCAUGUAUUAUUUGUAAAGGGAAAUGAGCACUUUCAUGGAUAUAAGGGAAAAGGCUGUGGAGAUGGUCAUCUCCUUGGUCCUCAUCUCUAGUGUCAGAGUUGUAUCAUAAAGAUGUGGGAAAUGAUCACAAGUAGAGGGAUGGGUGUUCCUAGGACAGCUUCCACCAUCUCUAAAGCACUUUGAUGCAUAGUAAAUUAACGCUGCUGCCGGUUCACCUUGGGUUUGCUUCUGACCCUGUAUGUGUCAGAACCCACACACAUUAGUUAUGGUCACCUUUCUACAGAAGCGCUCAUGGUCCAGGCGAUGGGGUACAGAAGCUACCUGGAGCCAGUUGAGUUGCAUGUGUCUAAACUGACAAGCAGUGCUUUUAAAAGGAGAGGAGAGGACAAAGCAAAUGAAUCUUUUGGUGGGAUGGUUUUUUGUUUAUGUUUUUUUGUUUUUGUUUUUUUUUUGCCCAGUUUGUUUUGGUGGGAAAAACAACUGUGAGCUGCCUAGCAUAUGUAAAUUUGUAGUCUAUAUUUAUGAGACCAUUGCUUAAAAAUUAUAAAUUAUGUAAAUACAUUAAUAACUUCUGAAUUCCUUUCAGUAUUCACUCAGUCCUGUGCCCAGUCUCCUGUGUGCCCACCUGUUUUUCGGCCUGUCCAUAGGAACCUCUGACACCCAUUUACCUUGUGCAGAAGCACGGAGCGCAUUGCUCGCAGCUUCCUUCCUCUUCCCUCACCCUUCUGCAUCCCAUCUGGAAAUGGUAAUAAAGACAUAUGCCUCCGUGACAAGCCUGACUAGUCCUUCCUGCCUGGGGCGAGAGGGAGCCCAGCAUCCACCCAUCCGUCCGUCCUUCACCUAGGGCGAGAGUGAGCUUCUCUCCGCUCCUCCGGAGAGCUCGGACCAACUGUUUUUCGAGUGCUUUGCGUACUAACAGCGACUCUCUUCUCCCUCCUUUAUCUUAGUAACAGCGGCUCUCCUCUCCCUCCUCUAUCUUCUCUUGCUCUGUUAGUGCCUCACACUCUUCUCCCUCAGGAGCCUAAUGAGGUUUUUAAUAUAAUCUAAAAAUAAAGCACCCAAGUGAAGCUGCUGGAAAUUUGUUCCUGGCCUAAUUUGGCGCCCUUCCAGCCCGGGUAUUGUAAGGGAAGGAAAUUUACAAGAUUAAAUAGGAAAUGAAACAGCUUGAAUUUCAAACCAAAUUGUGUUUUCAGAGCUGUCCUUAACUGAACAGUCAAAACUUUUAAAAACAGUUGUUACUACUCUAUACCCCUCUGCCACAUGCUUAAGAUGGAGAGGUUUUAAUGGAAUGGCAACCCAGGCGACACCAGGCCUGAAGGAGGCCGUGUAAACAGCUCAGGUUGCUUAUCCUUACUGAAGUCAGACUUUGAGUGCCUCUGUAUAAGCAGAAACGGCGUUGUUUGGCUCAUGUGGACAAGGCUGCCCAUGUGAGACCCUUUCUGUCUCAUUUCACCAAAAGAUGGGUAGAUUCUGAAGAGUUGAGUCAGUUCUGGAUGUCGUGGCACAUGAGUAUGCAGGAAAACACCUCUGCCCCAACUGCUCCGUGCCAUCCAACGACUGCUCUCUUCUACAGCUCCUGGCCUCUCUAGCUGCCUUCCUUCCUGUGUCACAUGGGGGGAUUGACUGAGCACAGGAUGAGAAGCAUAGACUUCUGUUCAUGUCUUCCUUGCCUUCUCUGUCACCAGUCUGUCCUAGACACAGGGCUGUCUUGCUUAUGGUAUUGUGCUGUACUCAGUGACAGCACAUCUCCAUCAGGCCCACCCUUUCUGGGCAGUGAGCGUGGGGAGAUAUCCACUUACUUUCUUCUUAAGAACGCAUAUGAAAAAAUAGUCAUAGCACUUUUUGACCACAUUUUAGAUUAAGCAGGAAUCUAAUAUACAUUCUUUGUGUUCCUGGCUGUUUCUUAAGAGAAAUAGCCAGACUCCAAAGGCAUUAAGACACGCAGCCUCUCCAUAAAAUUCUUUGGUUCCCUUGUGACACAGGGCCAUUUUUAAAAACUUUGAAGAAUGAACAGAAGGGGAGAUCUGUAAUUACCUGCCGGUGUGUAUUGAUCGUUUUCAGAGGCACUGGAAUAAGCUCCUUGCAGGUGUCCGAUCCUGGGAACCACUGUCUCUCCAUGUCUCCUUCUACAUAAGUGUUUUUCUGAUUCUGUGAUAACUAAUUAACUAUCAUUUGGUGAUUAAAGGAACAUAGCGUGAGAGCUUGAUUAAGUGUCCUUCAGUGUAAACUCUGAGAAGUGAUUGGGGAGAAAUACCUGCUGCAAGCCUUCUGCCUCCCUGUGAAACGUCGUCAUCCGCUUGUCAGCUGCCUCCAAGACGAGUGCUGGACAUGGCAGCCGCCGGGUCCUUGUUCCCCAUCUAUGAUGGCGUUGGAAGUGCCCGCCUCCUCUCACUGCGCUCCUCUCCCUUCUGUGCCUACCCAGGUCAGAGCCUUGAGAUUUCCUCAGGAGAGGCUUGGCUAUUUGAGGAAGCCAGUGUCCUUGUUGAGAUGAGCUGCCCUGUGGGUUUUUUAAUAGAUGAUAGGUGAGGGGGGGGCGACCCACAUUUAAUUUUAGGACUUCUCUGUAAGUCUUAACAUGUACUCCUUGUCUCCAGGGGGCUUUCUAAAGCUCUAAGAGACACAGGACUGAAGAUGGUUUGUGAUAGGUAGAUGUCUCCUGCUGCCCAAGGCUGCCAGUCCAGAGGGCUGCUGCUCUAUUCCUAAGGUAGCAUGUUUGAAAGGGUGGGUUUGGUGUGGGCUACAUUGCGUGCCAGGACAUCAGCCCCACAUCCCAGGAGACAACGGUUCCCUGCCUUAUGUCUCUCUGCCGCAAAAGACAUUGAUGAGGCUCAGCACUUGUUCACACACAUUCUUUCAGAACCCAGAGACCGUGACACAUGGGUCCUCAGAUAGCCACGGGUCUGCAAGACCCCGAAGGAGUCACUAAAGAAUCCUCACCUGGGGACCCCUAAACUAACCUGUAAUCCUGCUUCAGAACAUGGAUGCCAACCAGGCUGGUUUUCAUCAUUAAACUUAGCAGGCUGCCAUGUCACCCUGUCCAGUGAGCACAGAAUGACCAUGGGAGCUGGCUCCUGGAGUCCCCUGGAAGUCCUCAUUUAAACUUGUUCUGAAGGGAAAAACAACAUACUCUUUGUUAUUUGAUUUGAUUUCAAGAUAUGUUCCAACUAACAGCUCCUAAGUUUCUAAGGAAUAAAUGGGUUUUACCUUCAAGAUUCAAACUGUCAACUAUGUCUUGCUUGGUUUCCGCUUAUCAAAAAAAAAAAAAAAAAAGUU